CAAUCCUGGUGCUUAUCGUUCGCUCCCUCCAGUGAUAAUCUCCGCGACCACUACUCAACUUGCGCCAAGCGCGGGGACCAGAAGAUCCCUGAAACGGGGCAAAGAGGAAGGAGGCGACAUGCCUGCCAAUCAUGCACGUCCAUGAAACUACGCUGCGACGGAAUGUCCCCUUGCAGUUCUUGUCAGAAGAGGAACAUGCCGUGUAAUAACGAACACACGAGUGUCAGCAGCAGUCUCGAGCUGGACUCGGGUUUGACCUCGGCGAAGCGCGAGAGCUGCGAGUCAUCGGACCGGGGGUCGAUCAAGUUCCUCCUCAACGGCGGUACAGAUACGUUCACGGAAGAAUUUCUGCUGCCCCCGCGCAGGGAUCGCUUUCGCAGCUUCAAUUAUCAGAGCAAAAAGGGUCUAGAGGAAGCUGGACGCUCGAUACUGCAGUACCCAAUGGGGGACGACCAGGUAGAUUAUGCAUCGGCGUGUCUCGAAUCAGACCCAGCCGCUGGGGGCUUUUUCCAAGAACAUUUCCUCGACCUCUUCAAUGGCCCCUUCCGAGACACGAUCAGGGUAGUCGACUCUUCGUAUGGGGAAGCACCCAAUAUGACGAUGGUCGUUCCCCCAGUUCCUGAACUGUUCCCAUUCGCUGAGCGGCAGACGUAUGAGUCGGAGCCAUUUGCGGCCGCUCUAUACGAUGCGAUUUGGACACGCAUCUCCUUGAUUCCCCUCGGCCCCCAGGUAAAAGAGCAAUUGACGGCGCAUCUUGACCUCCUCCUCACUCCCGAGGUGAUCCGGAAGUUCGUGUUGAUGUAUUGUAGGUACUGGCAGCCAAGUUGUGCCAUGGUCCACCUGGCCUCGAUGGACCUGAACGCGGUGCCUCUGCCCCUGCUUGCCGCGAUUGCGUUCAUGGGUGCCAUGUACUCCCCCGAUCCGCAGGAGACCCACGCGGCAAAGCAGCUGCUGGACUUUGUGGAACUUUUCAUCUUUUCCAGCGAGGCCUAUUCUGCCGAUAUCGAGGUGGCAUCGAUGUUCUCCGGGUUUGGCCAUUUUGACAUCAUAAGCAAUGAAUGGGAGCUUUUCCAAAAUUUCCAAGCAGGGUUUAUUAUCGUGAUUGUCCAGUAUUGGUCGGGGAGCCGUCCGUCACGCAACCGAGCAAUGGAGAACCGGUUUAGCGAAGUCAUCAAGGUCGCCCGUCGGUUGGGCCUUCACAAGUCUCGUCAUGUUUCCGAUCCUGAAAAAGCCCGACAAAUCCCCGAGUACCAGUGGAUCCAGACUGAAUGUCGGAUUCGUACGAUAAACAUCAUUCUCCUCUUGGACUGCGCCUUCUCGUUCUUCCAAAACUAUCCCUGUCGUCUCUCCCACAUGGAAGCUGAAUUUGACUUUCCCUGCGCCGAGUCAAUCUUCGGUCUGCGGCAUCCAUACACGGACCUCCAUUUCCAGCCCUCGCGUCAAAUGACCAUAUCGGAUGCGUUCCAAAAGCUGUUUGAGACCGACCAGAAGGAAGAUCAGAAGGAAGAGGGGCCCUUGACCCCAGAAUCAACUUCAUCUUCCAGUAUGGACAGCUUAACCGUACUGGACAUGUUCACCCUCAUCCACCUCCUCUACACCUUCAUCAACUCGCACAUGACCCUCCUCGCCCCAAUCACUAGUGUCAACCCAGCCUUCCGCCCCAAACGGUUCUUUAAUUCCGCGGAAAACUCCGAAUCCGACAUCCCCAAUGACAUGAUGAUGGAGGCCAUCAAAGUUGCGCUGUCCCGAUGGCUCAGUCACUGGACCACCCUCCGAAACAGCAUCCCCCGCAGCGAAUGGACGAGCAUGGGCUUCUUCAAAAACGGAUACAACUUCUGGCUGGUGUCGCAGUUGCUCAUCACCAAGAAGCACGGUCUGGACGUGAUCAUGCAGACGGAAGUCAAGUGCGAGGAUAAGGUCAAGAAAUUGAAAAUUCUCCUCGAGGAUGACAGUGAUUGACUAUCGUGGGAUUGGAUGGUUUUGGCAUUCAUGUUGGCCUCUGGGUACCAUAUGUGGCUGUGGACUGUCAACCGCGCGUGGGCGUGGGCGUGGGCGUGGGCGUGGGCGUGGGCGUCUACUAAUGUACAACCAGACCCUCCCCGGGUUAUGUGUAUUUGUAUGUUAUGAUAUGAUGAGGAAGAUGAUGUAUUUACGCAUGGGGCAUGUGUUUCGUGUAUGUGUGUGUAUAUGUGUAUGUAUAUCGUCGGGUGUAUAUCGUCGGGUUCAACACUAGAAUGGGUCGGGAACGAGUCUCGUG